CGGCGCGGCCCGCUCAUGGCGUCGCCCGGGCACUCGGAUCUGGGAGAAGUGGUGCCAGAGAGGAAAGCCCCCGAGAGACAGGCGGCCGUGGUGACUGCAGAUCUGGAAUGGAGAGAAAUGGCAGGAAAUGGCUGUGGCUUCCACUAUGCAGAUGGUGCCAGUGAGGCUCAAGACAGUGACUUCCCAGCAGUGGAGAGGAGCAGGCUGCAGGAGCUGCUGUUGCUGCUGGGACUGGAGCCAUACCAGGCGCAGAAGCUGAGCCUGCAGGACUGCCUACAGAUCAGCUCUGACAGCAUGAGGAACUGGGCCCCGCAGGUCCCCAAGGACCUGCCCUGGCACUUUCUCAGGAAGCUGCAAGCCCUCAACACUGAGGCCAGGAACACCACCAUGGUGCUAGAUCUGCUGCCUGACGCCCGGUUGGCAGAGAAGGAGAGCCAGAUGGAGGGGGAGGGGGAGGAGAUCAUCCACUGGGACCCCGCCGAGGAUGUGGCGGCUGAUGACAUCUACUCCUUCUCGGAGCUGCCGACGCCCGACACGCCUGUGAACCCGCUGGACCUGGUGUGCGCCCUGCUUCUGUGCUCCGACGGCGCCCUGCAGCAGGAGCUGGUGAGCAAGAUGGCUGCAUGCCAGUUCGCGCUGCCCCUCGUGCUGCCUGACUCUGAGAACCACUGCCACACCUUCCUUCUGUGGGCCCUGCGGGGUGUGGUGCGGUCGUGGUGGGCGCAGCCCCCGCGGGGCCCCCCAGGCGCUCUGCGGGAGGACAGCGUGGUGGUGCCCAGGACGCCCGCCUUCGCCUUCGUGCGUAUGGACGUCAGCAGCAACUCUAAGUCCCAGCUGCUCAACGCCCUGCUGAGCCCAGGCCGCCGGCCGUGGGACUGCUUCUGGCACCGGGAUCUGAGCCUGGCCACCGGCGCCCGGGAGAUCGCCGACGGCCUGGUGGAGGUAUCCUGGUUCUUCCCCAGCGGCAGGGAGGAGCUGGACCUCUUCCCGGAGCCCGUGGCCUUUCUCAACCUGCGAGGGGACAUCGGGUCUCACUGGCUGCAGUUCAAGCUGCUGACCGAGGUGUCCUCGGCCGUGUUCAUCCUGACGGACAACGUCAGCAGGAAGGAGUACAAGCUGCUCUACGCCAUGAAGGGGUCCGGCACCAAGUUCUACUUCAUCCUCAGCCCCUACCGCGGCAAGCGCAACGCCAACCUGCGCUUCCUCAACAGGCUCAUCCCCGUGCUCAAGAUGGACCACUCGCAUGUGCUGGUAAAGGUCAGCAGCACGGACAGUGAGAGCUUCGUGCGCAGGGUGCGCGCCAUCCUGCGUGGCGUGGCGCGGGCGCCCUGCCGCAGGAUGUCGGUGGAGGACAUGGCGCAUGCCGCACGCAAGCUGGGCCUCAGGGUGGACGAGGACCAUGAAGAGUGCCAGAGGGGCAAGGAGCGCAUGGAGAGGAUCACCAGGAGGAUCAAGGAUGUGGAUGUGUACCGCAGGGACGAGCUGAGGCUGCAGGGCGAGCUGGGCUGCAAGGCAGCGCAGGCCGAGAGGGAGUUUGGCCAGCUGCAGUGGGCACCUGAGGCCGCCCCGGAGAAGCACCAGGCAGAGCUGCGGCGGCGCGUCCUGGAGCUGCGCGCACAGCAGAACAGCCUGGAGCCUGUCCCCGGGGUGCAGGAGUUUGUGGCUGGCAUCAGCUGCCCGUCCCGGGCUGAAAGGCAGUACUUCCUGCGCUGGCUGGAGUGGGGUCUGGCUCGGCUAGGCCAGCCCAGGCCAAGGCAGUCCACCGACACUGCCAUGCUGUUGGCGCUCAGACCUAGACUCGGAGCAGGAGGCGGAGGGGCCCCAGAGCCUGGCAGUGGGGAGCCGCCGCCGCUGCCACCAGAGCCCCUUGGGACAGAACACUUCUUGCGCGAGAUGGGCCAGUUGUACGAGGCUGAGAGCUGCCUGGUGGAGGCGGGCCGGCUGCCUGCCAGCCACCGGCGCUUUGCCCACUUCCCUGGCCUGGCCGCCGAGCUGCUGCUAGCUGGGCUUCCCCUGGAGCUGGUGGACGGUGGCACGCUGGGCAUUCCGGGGCGCUGGGUCACGGGGCUGCUCAGGGAGCUGCAGGCACGCCUGGACAGGAGGUCGAGGCUGGUGGUUGUGUCCGCCCUGGGGGUGCCAGGCACGGGCAAGUCCACCCUGCUCAACUCCAUGUUCGGGCUGCGCUUCGCCACACGGAAGAGCUGCGGCCCUCGGGGCGCCUUCAUGCAGCUUGUGACAGUGGCUGAGGGCUUCAGCCAGGACCUGGGCUGUGACCACAUCCUGGCCAUAGACUCCGGGGCACUGAUCAGAGGGGCCCCUGCCUCUGCUGGGGAUAGGUUCGAGCUUGAGGCCUCGCUGGCCACCCUGCUCUUGGGGCUGAGCAAUGUCACGGUGGUGAGCCUGGCUGAGACGAAGGACAUCCCAGCCACCAUCUUGCACGCACUGCUGAGGCUCGAGAAGACGGGCCACAUGCCCAACUGCCAGUUUGUGUACCAGAACCUCCACGACCUGCCCGCCUCCAGCCCCAAUCCCAGGGACCGGAGACUGCUGCUGGACGUGCCCAGCGAGCUGGGCAGGGCCGCCGCGCAGGCUGAGAAGCAGGGCAGUGGCUUCUGUGACCCAGAGCGCCAGCACGUGUGGCAUGUGCCCAGCCUGUGGCUGGGUGUGCCGCCCAUGGCCGCCGUGAGCCUGGGCUACAGCGAGACCAUCUUUGAACUGAAGAGGUGCCUGCUGGAGAACAUCAGGAACGGCCUCUCGAACCAGAACAAGAGCAUCCAGCAGCUCAUUGAGCUGGUGCGACGGCUCUGAGCGGCCAGGGAGUUGGGGGGGAAGCGACCUGGGGCUGGGGCUGGCAGGUGCCCAGGCAGGCAAGGCUCCGGUGGGACCGGGGUGGGACCAGCCCCGAGGCUCCUACCUCUACCCCGGUGGGGGGCAGGGCUGUCCUCGCCUUCUGGCUGCCCAUCCUUUGGAGGUCCCUGGAGGGUGGGCUGACUGGCCUGGAGCCCCACACUGCCGUAUCACCUUAGGCCUGGCUCACUGUAGGCUCCUAAUAAAAGUGUGUUGAGUGGAUG